UCCGCCCAUGCCGCUCUCUGCUCUUCCCCUCCCCCUCCAUUGGCUUUGGAAUCCAUCGGAGCUCUACCUUGCCAUGAGACGCACCCAAGACAAUUCAGAGACAUAACCUCAUUUCCCCUCCCACUCUUUUUUCUGAUCUGAUAUUUCUUCUCUUCUUUCCAUCACCUCCAUUCUUAUCCCCCCAUAACUAUCCCUACAAAGCAUCAAUAUGGCCCCCGCAAACACUCUCCCCGCCUGGUCUGACCUCCAGGCCCAUCGCGACAGCGUCGGCAAGUCCUUCGUCCUCAAGGAGGCAUUCGCUUCCGACCCCCAGAGAUUCGACCGCUUCACCCGAACCUUUACCUCCGACGGCGUGUCCUCCGAGAUCCUCUUCGACUUCUCCAAGAACUUCCUCACAGAUGAGACCCUCGACCUCCUCAUCAAGCUCGCCGAGCAGGCUGGCGUUGAGAAGAAGCGCGAUGCCAUGUUUGCCGGCGAGAAGAUCAACUUCACCGAGGGUCGCGCCGUGUACCACACUGCUCUGCGAAAUGUCAGCGGUUGGGAUAUGAAGGUUGACGGUGUUGAUGUCAUGAACACAAAGGGUGGUGUCAAUGAGGUUCUUGAGCACAUGAAGGAGUUUUCUGAGCAGGUUCGAAGUGGAGAGUGGAAGGGAUAUACUGGCAAGAAGCUCACAACCAUCAUCAACAUUGGUAUUGGUGGUUCUGAUCUCGGCCCUGUCAUGGUCACCGAAGCUCUCAAGCACUACGGCGCUGACGACAUGACUCUUCACUUUGUCUCCAACAUUGACGGAACUCACAUCGCCGAGGCCCUCAAGAACUCUGAUCCCGAGACCACCCUCUUCCUCAUCGCCUCCAAGACCUUCACCACCGCAGAGACCACCACCAACGCCAACACAGCCAAGAAGUGGUUCCUCGAAAAGACCGACAACAAGGGCGAUAUCGCCAAGCACUUUGUUGCUCUUUCCACCAACGAGGAGGAGGUCACCAAGUUUGGCAUCGACAGCAAGAACAUGUUUGGCUUUGAGAGCUGGGUCGGUGGUCGAUACUCUGUCUGGAGUGCCAUUGGUCUGAGCAUUGCUCUCUACGUUGGCUUCGACAACUUCCACAAGUUCCUUAGCGGUGCUCAUGCCAUGGAUAAGCACUUCCGCGAGACUCCUCUCAAGGACAACAUUCCUCUUCUUGGUGGUCUCUUGAGUGUCUGGUACUCUGACUUUUUCCAGGCUCAGACUCACCUUGUUGCUCCCUUCGACCAAUACCUCCACCGAUUCCCUGCCUACCUCCAGCAGCUCUCCAUGGAGUCCAACGGAAAGACCAUCACCUCUGAUGGAUCUUCUGCCAAGUACACCACUGGUAAGUGGAUAACCUCGUGCAUGAAACCCAGCUAACGUCCCAGGCCCCAUUCUCUUCGGCGAGCCCUGCACCAAUGCUCAGCACUCCUUCUUCCAGCUCGUCCACCAAGGCACCAAGCUGAUCCCCACCGACUUCAUCCUCGCUGCCAAGUCCCACAACCCUGUCAGCGACAACCUCCACCAGAAGAUGCUAGCCUCCAACUACUUCGCCCAGGCUGAGGCUCUCAUGGUCGGCAAGACAGACGAUCAGGUCCGUGCCGAGGGUACACCCGAGGAGCUUGUCCCUCACAAGCGCUUCCUUGGAAACCGACCCACGACGUCCAUCCUUGUCGGCGGCGCCAUUGGUCCCGCCGAGCUGGGUGCCCUGAUCGUGUACUACGAGCACCUCACUUUCACCGAGGGUGCUAUCUGGGACAUCAACAGCUUUGACCAGUGGGGUGUUGAGCUGGGCAAGGUCCUGGCCAAGAAGAUUCUUAAGGAGCUUGAUGAGGCGGGCAACGGUGAGGGACACGAUGCUUCUACUGGUGGACUGAUUGGAGCGUUCAAGAAGUAUGGUAACUAAAAAAAAGGAGGACGGAGUGUUAAUGGGUAGCGAGUGGAACGAUGUUGAUAAUGAUUAAAGAUAGCAUGAAUAAGUUUGACGGCCUGUUUCCUGGAUGCAUCUUGUAAGUUGUGCA